AUGGACAGAACCGGCCAAAUUUCCGCUGAACCCCUGACCGAUCAGCCAUUGUGCUCGUCGCCAGAAUCGAUGACAAAGAUCAAUGUUAUUGACGACAAACCAGGAUACGUCGAGCUGGGACACGUCCAUACACACGAAUCCGUCUAUGCAGAAUUAACACUGACUAACGAGUCUCUACUAAUUCAAGAAUACGCAUUUAUAGAUCUAUCGUCAUCUAUGGAAAUACAGCCAAAUCAUGGUUUUGGUGCCAUUCUUCCUGGAGAAACUAUCAAACUUCAUCUAAUUUACUCUCCAUGUUUGACAGACAUUCCCGGCAAUGAAAUUAGAGCAAAUGGAUUGAAUGGUGAACGAAGCUUUCAAGUACAAGUGGUCACUUUGGCAGAGCUAGCUGGGGACAAGAGUCAAACAAUAUUGAACAAAUUGAAGGAUGAGAUAAAUACGCAGUCGAUAAUACCGAGGAGUCGCGGAUUUCCAUAUCCAAUCCCUGUGAAUAUCAAAAGACCUAAAGUAUUACGUCGAACGAUUGAUAAGAACGAGGAUGAUCUUGAAAUGCAGUUAAAUAAUGACACCGUGAUAAAUCGGGGGGAUGAAAAUGACAAGCAUGUUUCGAUAGAAAAUUCUGAUCAUGUGGAUAGAAGAAAGGAGAAAAACUCCCUGGAAAUCCAUACGUACAUUAUAGACACUUUCUGCGAGCUGAGUGAGCAAAUUAUAGAAUUUCAUCCGACCGCUUGUGGUUCGUUUUCAAUGGCUUCAGUGCAUCUGAGAGGAUACAACAUGGCUUCCUACCCACAUUGCACCUGCGGAAUGAUAAAAAAUCAACGUAAAGAAUUUACAGCUCGUUAUCAGUUUAAGAGCUCUUCCGAUAGAAUCAAGAUUAUGCCACAGUCUGGUGUUUUAAACAAUAAUGAACUUAUCGAGGUCAAUUUUAUGUUUAAACCAAGAUUACCGAAAAGUGUGAUUUUCGAAGAGGGUCUUAGACUGAAAAUGAACGAUGAGGAGAAACGAGAAACGAAGAACGAGAAAGUCAAUAAACCAACGAAGAAUGCAAAAAAGAAGAAAGGGAAGAAAGAAAAAGAAGAAGAGGGCAAGGUCUCCGAUGUCGACAAAUUAGCUGGCGAAAUUAGUUUACUGGAAAGUUUCGAGCCUUGUAUUUCCACGAUUUUCGUGACAUGCACGAUCGAUUUAGAAGAAACGAGGAAUAAAAGGAAACACGAGGAGCUACUUUUCGUAAAGUUAAUUUGUCCUAUUACCAGACCUGAAAUUUUGGUACUGAACGAGGUUCGAGAAAUUGCUUUUGGACCGACGGCGAUUGGUACAUCUUCUAGAAAAUUUCUCUUCGUUAAAAAUAUUUCCAAUCAAAGCGUGAAAAUCAACGUGAAUCUGUUAGAUCCAUUCGGACCAUUUUUCGUGCCUCCUGGAAGAACAAUCGAAACCGGGUCCAUUUUGAAGCUCCCAGUUACAUAUCAACCACGUGAAAAUCACGAAGAAGAAGUGAGCCAUCUUCACAUCUAAUCUCUUAUUUAAUAGAUUUAAUUAGAAAGCGUUAUAAGUAGGAAUAAUAAUAAAAUGUGUUCGUGGUGCUUUGCUCUUGAA